UAUCGCUCUUCAUCACUUACUUCGUAGAGAUUCAAAGGUCGGCAGCUCGCAGAGAUAUGGCCUCGUUGGGCUCUGUAUGGUCGAUCGGAGUCUCCAAUCUGCCGCCUUCGUCAACUCCACUGCCACCGUCGUUAACUCCAAAACAAGGAAAGAGGUGCAGAUGGGUCCUUCGGGCUGUUCUAAUUGAUGCCAGUGAUAAUAUUAACAAAGGAAUUAAAUCGCAAACCAAUAUCAGCGGCAUCACAAUGCGUACUUCCCCAACCUCUGGGAAUUACGAGCGACAGUCGAAGUCGAAGCGGGUGUGGGUAUGGACAGAAAGCAAGCAAGUCAUGACUGCCGCAGUUGAGAGGGGCUGGAACACUUUCAUAUUCGCUUCUUCCAAUAGAGCACUCGCUAGCGACUGGUCUUCUUGUGCAGCAAUUGCAUUAAUAUACCCUCUCUUCCUUGAAGAUGGGGAGAUUUUGGAUUGUGAAAACAGAAAAGUAGCUACAUUUUUCCGAGAUUGCUUCACUUCAACAAUUACAAGAGCUCCAUUCAGUGGAUGAACUGGCAGAAAUGUAGUUAUAAGUCUGCUUAAUGCAGGUCGGUUCUGUUUUUAGUUGCUAUCUUGGCUCAAAUUUACACUGAGUUUGAAAUAUUUUGGUUUAAAGGAAUUUAUGCAACUUGCUCCUUCCCAUUACCAUUGUUUAAUACAUUUCGAAUCGACAUGGAUGCUUUUGAGCUGAUCAUUAUGGUACUUAUCUACACACUUUCCACUAGACUAACUAUAUUCGAGUACUGACGAGACAUUCAAAGGUCUCCCUGUGUGACUGGGUCCUAUUGCUUAUUUUGUUCUACUUCCAGUGAUGGGGAUGUUAGAGUUUGCUGUGUUACUUUAUUUUCUUUUAGUUUUUUAAAGGAACUCCAUCUAAUUGCCCAACAUAUUCAGGUAUACUUUUGUUACCUAUGUCACUUCUUCAUUCCCAUUUCUUCCUGGUAAUUUCUGGUAAAAAUGUUUGUAAAAUCGGGUUUUUGAAGUAUAGUUAUUUCAUCUCCUUUGAUCUUAUAAUCUGCUUGUCUCUGUCUCCUGUUAUGGUUUGCAGGUAAUAACUGCAGAGAAUAUUGUUGCAGCAUUCCAAGGUAGUCAGAAAACAGUGUUUGCCAUCUCAAAGAGUCCCUCUGAAGCCCAAAUUUUCCUUGAGGCCUUGGAACAAGGUCAUGGAGGAAUUGUUUCAAAGUUGACGAUCUCAGUGCUGUUCUUGAACUAAAG